GUUCAAAGGUCGUGCAGAACUUCCUUCCUUCCUGACGUCGGUGAGGCGACGCGCCGAUUAGGACUCGUGCGAAUUGAAGGAAUUGAUUGUUAAGAAUUACGCCAUGAGUUUACCACUGAACCCCAAGCCUUUUCUAAAUGGUUUAACUGGGAAACCAGUAAUGGUGAAGCUGAAGUGGGGAAUGGAGUACAAAGGCUACCUGGUGUCUGUGGAUGGCUACAUGAACAUGCAGCUGGCCAACACUGAAGAGUACGUUGAUGGGGCACUAGCGGGUCAUUUAGGUGAAGUUCUUAUCAGAUGCAACAAUGUUCUGUACAUACGAGGAGUAGAAGAGGAGGAAGAAGAUGGUGAAAUGAGAGAAUGAGCUAUGUUUGGAAUUUGAUAGAAUCUAAAUAUUGAUGUAUUGGUUUUGUAUCUGAACUGCGAUUUGGAAUUCUUAACUUCACAUUAUGUUUGCCCUGGCUGAUUGAUUUUUUUUUUUUUUCCCCCACCCUUGUACAUGGUAAUUUUUUUAAAUUUUUACUGUAACUUUAAAAAGACUAGUCUUCAGUUUAUGGUUUGAUUCAGAUGUGAGAUUUCAUUGUGCUUAUCUUUCAGCACAGAACUAAUAAAAUUGUGCAUAUUGCACUUUUCUUAAA